CCUUCCUGUUUCCUGUGCCGAAUGUGAUCAGUCAACACAAGUGGUUCAAGGGAACUUAGAAUACAGAGAUUUCUACAAAAAUGAUAUAUUUGUAACCUUUCAUCUGGCAGAUCAACUGUUGAGUGAGACGGGAUUCUCCCUCCUUAGUAGAACUGUCGUUUGAAACACUCUUGAAUUAAGAUCUCAAAGGAAGACCCGACAUAGCUUCACGAUAGAUUUGGUCUUGCCAUAAGACAACCGGGGCAGAUAAAAUGUCUAGAUGGCAAGCUGGAACUGAGGUUGUGGCAAAAUAUGAUUUCAAGGGAGCAACAAAAGAUGAUUUACCUUUCAAAAAAGGAGAAAUUCUUACUAUCACCAGGGGAACAAGGGAUUGCAACUGGUACAGAGCAAAAAAUGGUAAAGGUGAUAUGGGUUUGAUACCUGUAAACUAUGUUCAUGUUUUGGAAAGAGGUGCUGUGAAACUCCAUGCUAUGCCGUGGUUUCAUGGCCGAAUAGACAGAGAAAAAGCAGAAGAACUUUUAAAAGCAAGAAGAGAUGGUCUUUUUCUUGUGAGAGAGAGCUGCAAUUAUAAGGGUGAUUAUACUCUGUCAGUCUGUUUUGGUGGAAAAAUAGAGCACUAUAGAGUUAUCUUUAAAGACAAUAAAUUAACAGUGGAUGAAGAAGAAUACUUUGAAAAUUUAACAAAGCUAGUAGAGCACUACCAAAAUGAUGCAGAUGGCUUAUGCACAAGGCUCACACAACCUUUGGAAAAAAAGGGCUGUUUUGAUUUCUCUGUUGAUUCAGAAUCAUUUGAAAAAGAGGGUUGGGCAAUAAACAGGAAAGACCUUACACUAAUGGAAUCAAUCGGCAAGGGUGAAUUUGGAGAUGUUCUUUUAGGGGAAUACAAAGGAAAAAAAGUGGCAAUUAAAAGUUUAAAAGAUGAUGACAGAGCUGCCCAACAAUUCUUGGCAGAAGCAUCUGUGAUGACGAGUUUGCAUCACCCUAAUCUUGUGCAACUGUUGGGGGUGUCAUUAGAUGGUUCACCUGUUUACAUUGUGACAGAGUAUUGUGGAAAGGGAAGUCUUAUAGAUUACUUACGGUCAAGAGGAAGAACAGUCAUUGGACAAAAAGAUCUUGUUGGAUUUGGCAGGGAUGUUGCUGCAGGACUGGAAUAUUUGGAAUCCAAAAACUUAGUUCACAGGGAUGUAGCUGCCAGGAAUGUACUCAUUGAUGACAAUGCUUCAGCAAAACUUUCAGAUUUUGGUCUUGCAAGGGAAGCCAACUUUAAUCAAGAGGGAGGAAAGUUUCCUAUUAAGUGGACUGCUCCUGAAGCCUUAAAAGAACAAAAUUUUUCUACUAAAUCUGAUGUAUGGAGUUAUGGCAUAUUUCUUUGGGAAUUAUUCUCGUUUGGUAGGGUUCCAUAUCCAAGAGUGCCUUUAUCAGAUGUAGUAUCAAAAGUAGAAAAAGGCUAUCGUAUGGAUAUACCAGAUGGUUGCCCACAAGAAGUCUAUGUUAUAAUGAAGGACUGUUGGAAUCUUGCUCCCAGUAAAAGACCAUCAUUUGGACAGAUCGUUAAACGAAUGGAAUUAAUUCACAAAGGAUUUCUCUAGUGCCUUGUCUAAUCAUCCACAUGUAAUUAUGCCACACACUGAAUAAGUUCUUUGUCAAAAAUUAGUAUAAUCUGAUUUCUAAGAAUGAAUAGAUUCCAUUGACUAGGGUCUUGGGACUACUAUUAUAAGAUUGGUAUUACAAGUUUUCUAAUCUUGACAUACCCAGAUCUCACACAACUUGCUGUAGUAAUGGAUUGUAAUCUUGCAGAGGAAGUGAAUGUUUAUAUUUUGUUUUCUUUAAAAACUAGAACUCUGUUCACUGUAAUGAGGUUUUGUAUGUUUUAGGCUAAGUAUAUAGUAGGCCCUAUCAAAUGAAAACAGAAAUCAAUUAAAAAUAAACACCACAUUAAAAGAUUUAAGUUGUUACUUAAGAGGAUAAUCACACUUUUUAUAAAUAGUAUAUUAAAAACAUAGCACAGAGUAUGUGCAAGAACUAGGUAAGCAUAGUAAGCAUUACGUCAAGGACAUUGCUGCAUCAGGUAUUAGUAGAUGUACUUGGGCAAUCAUGAACAAUCAAAAUAAUGAUCGUGUUGUCAAAUAGUUAGCAAUUAAAGAUUUUCUUAACAAAAUA